CAAAGUGACAACCUGACAAGUGACAGGUUCAAUGUCCAAAAUAUUUAUCAACAAACAUAGUAAAAAAUUAUUAAACAUCUCAAUAACAAUAAAAAAUAAAUAAUUCAAUUAUUUUCGUAUUUAAAUAAUAAAAAAUUCCAAUAAAAUUAAGUACAGUAUUUUAUUUUUACAAAUUUUAUAAAUUUUAUAAAUUUUAUCAAGCUAAAAUAUAUUUUAUUUAUAUUAUAUUUUUACCUGUAUUAAUUAAUAUUCAUACAUAAAAUCUAUAACGCAACGUUCAAAGUAUCAUAAUUAAUAUACAAAAGUCACUUCAGGUAUUUGAUAAAUAAAAAAAAUCCAACAAAUAAUGGAUUUAUUGAUAAAAUUAAAUAACCAAACUGCUGGAAGAGACAAACUAAUAAGAUUAUUUCAGUAUGGAAGUAAAGCAGGCUGGUACUAUACACCAAGUAAUUAUUCUACCAGGAGUUCAAUUGACGUAUUGAAAAGUCUUGAAUAUACAUUCAGUUCAUUCAGAAAAUUACUACGACUUGGAAGAUGCCUAGACAGUUUAUAUUCAGCAUUAUCAACAAUGAAUUAUCCAGAUGUUGUCAUACGAAUAACAUUGACAAUAUCAAAAAUAACAAAUGCAUUAUAUUUACUUGCUGAUCAUAUAACAUGGAUUGGACGAGCUGGUGUUUUUCGUGUUGAUCUUGAAAAAUGGAAUUCAAUUGGCAACAAAUACUGGCUAUUGACAAUAAUAAUAAAUAUCACUCGGGAUAUUUAUGAAAUACUACAAAUAAUUGAAAAUAAUAAUAAACUAAAAAAGAAAAUAAUAUCUAAAAAACAAAUGAUUCAUCAUAAUAUUUAUGAUAUUAAUAAUCAUAAAGAUGUUUUUCUAGAUACUGUUAAAAAUAUAUGUGAUUUAUUUAUUCCAUUAAAUUCAUUGGGUUAUACUAAAUUAAGUCCAGGUAUGAUUGGACUACUUGGUUUUGUAUCAUCAGCUGUUGGAAUUUAUUGUAUCAUUGAUCCAAUUUCAAAGCUAACACCAGCAUAAUAUAAUACUGAUUUAUAUUUAUAAUAAUGUAUAUAUAUUUUAAUAAAAUAUUUAAACUUGAA